AUGAGUUUAAAGCAAGUUGUUCUGUUUGCAUGCUAUCUUUCAAUGAAUAGUGUUAGCAGGUCUAGUCCUCAAUUUUUACGAAGGAAGACUCGGCGAUCUGAAGAAACUCCUCUUACAGACAUAGGACAGUAUUCUUUUGGAUACCAGCAUCAGUUGGGUCCUAAUAUUGCCUUCGUAAAUGAUGAAACAAUAAUAGUAGUUGCAGGAAAUUUCUUGAAUUUUUAUAAUAUCAAAACCUUGGAACAGAGUUUUCUUCCCUCUGAGCAUGGAAUUGGAUUUCUAUCAGUCGCUUUAUCUUUCAGUUCAAAUGAAGAACUUUUGGUGACUUUAAGCUCACAUCCAGAAAAUAAAGUCAUCAUUUGGCUUUGGGCUGAAGAGUUAAUGCUCUAUGAUGCAAGAGAACAAAGUGUGCCGAUCUAUGAUUUAAACUUUUCAAACUUUGAUCCAGAUAUUUUUGUUACUUCUGGAAAGCAUCAUGUUAAGUUUUGGCACACUGUUUCAAAAAGAAAUAUGAGUAAAAAAAUUACCGAAAUAGAGGUUUCUACCAAGAAAUUUCAAGAGAGAACUGAUAUUUACUGCACUGUUGCACUCUCAAAACUUUUGUAUUUGUCUUGUACUGGUCAUGGAUAUCUUUUGUUAUGGAGGGCAGUUCAUGAAAGUUACCAAACCACAAAAUUAUUAAUUGGAGAAAAUCAGCCGUGUCACAGUGGUCGUAUUUCUUACAUUGUUCCUUUGGAAGACUACUUUCUGACCCUUGGAUCGGAUGGCAGAAUCAAAUUUUGGUCUCUACAAUCAAUGAUGGAAGAGUUUACAGAGCCUGAAACUGCAGAAGACCAACCAAAAGAUCUUGAAUUUGUUUUCAUAACACCUUUAAAAGAAGUUGAAAUUUCUGUUACGUCAGAUUUCUCAUUUGCUAUUGUCUAUAAAGAUGUUAGUGAGAAAAAACUUUUACUUCAGGAUCUUAAUGGAUGUCUUUGGGAACUAAAUAUUGCCGAUGAUUUUUCUGUAUCUUAUUCUCAUUUACUUCUUGGCUGUGAUACUUUCAUGGAUGUUGCAAUCUGUCCUACUUAUCCAUUGAUUGCUGCUGCAUCUUCUAAAGGAAUUGUGACAGUGUUUGAUUGCAUCAAUAAGAAUGUUUCAAAGUUAUGUUGUUUCCCUGUGGCUGCAACUUCUGUCAUUUGGGUGGAUCCUGAGAUAGAUGAAACUUGUUCUUCUAUUAUAGUUGGAUUUUCGGAUGGUUCAAUUCGAUGGCUGAGUUUAGUUGAAGGAGAAAGCAAAUUAAGUUUGAAAUUUGCUGUUAAGUUACAUUCAGAUUACAUAUUGUGUAUGAAAAUCAGUAAAAGAUCAAAAAUUCUUGUCACUCAGGGCCAUGAUGAGAAGUUGUUUUUUUGCUGCAUUGAAAAGUAUGAAUUGAUUCCUUUGGGAUUUUAUACAAACAGACAUCCUGUCAAAGACAUGGCUUGGGUAUAUAACUCAAUGGGUGAUGAAAGACUUUUACUCAUCUGCAAGUAUAAUUACAUUAUUGAACUUGAGCUCCCACGCAUCGAUUCCUUGAAAGAGGCAAAUGAAGAAACCUAUGGUAUUGAAAGUAAGGAUGCUCAAGUAUAUACCAUAAAUGGAUUAAAAGAAUAUUACAAACUUGGUGAAAAAGUUGAUGACAAUGAUGAACUAAGUUCUCUUAAUAAGGAAGAAAGAAAAGUCAAGAGGAGAUUAAAGUAUGAUGCAAAGAGAGAAGAAAAAGAAAGAAAACGAACAGAACUUGGUUUGAAAGGACCAUCUUAUCCUUCUGAAAUUUUAUGCAGUUUGCAGUCGGUUAAUAGUGACUGCUUGUGGUUCUCAUUUGAAAAAGAUUUGAGACAUGUGUUUGAAUUUCAACUUUUUGAACCAAUUACAAAUGAACCCAUGAAUUUGAUUCCUAUUAGCGUAUUGGAAAUUUCAAUUGCUGAAUCUGCUUCAGUUCUUUCCAUGUGUUAUAGUCCAUGCGGAAAAUUCUUGUUUAUGGGGAUGGAAGAUGGAUCUCUUACUAUCUGUCACUUAAAAGAUGCUUUCAUUCCUUCUUCUGGAAAUGAAUUUAUAAAGUAUCAGAUUCAUGAUGCCAAUUUUGGUCCUGUGAAUUGUUUGAAGAUAUCUUCAGAUGGAAGUUUGAUUGUAACUGGUGGAAAAGAUGGAAAUUUGUUUUUAUUUUCCUUUAAUGCUCAUGAAUACAAGAAAGUUAUUGACUAUGAGCAAAAGCCUAUGUUAACUUAUCGAGAAAACUUCGAGGCUUUAAAGAGGAUAAAAGAAGAUUAUACAGAAAUCAAGCAGAAAUAUGAAACCUUCUUAGAAGUUGGUACUUUUUCUCUUAAAAGCAUGAAAAGGUUCCCAGAUGAAUUGAAAAUUUCUUUUAAGAAUUCUUCAUCGAAACCUUUUGAAACAUUUCAUGAAAAAGUCAAACACGAACUUCUGAGUUUGGAAAAUAAUUUAUGUUCCUAUGUUGACGAUGCACGCUUAAUGAAGGAAAACUAUUGGAAUUUUUUCAAAUCAAAAGUGGAAGAUGAAAAGCUUAUUAUUGAACCAGACUCAAAAAAGAUGAAACUGCAAACUUUUCGUGGAUGUUCAUUAUCUCAAAAUUUGAUGAAUUUUCCGUCAAUUUCAGAGCAAAGUAUAUACCAAGUUAACCAAAAAGAGUCAUCUGAAAUGGAAAAAAAGAUGAAGAUUGAUCUGCAAAACGUAGAACAAGAUCUGUGGGAAAAAGAACUAGCUUCUCUUCAUAACAAUGUCAUAGAAUUUCCUGGAGAUACUCCUAUUUCAGAUUACAUUUUCAGGUAUAAUAGGAGGAAGCAAGAAAGAAUAAAUGUCUUACAAGAAGAUGAGCUGUAUUUACAUAAAGAGAUGCAAGUUAAAGAGUCAGAGAAAUUAAGAAAUCUGUGCAGUGAACUGCAAAAAGUAAUAGAUCAAGAACCCAAGUAUGAAGGCUAUUUCAAAAAGUUGUUUAAGAAAAAACUUUAUGAAUCAAGCAGUGAAAGUACUGAUAGUGAAGAGAACAACAGCAAAGAUAUUGAUCCAAGCAAAGUUGACCAAAAUCUACUCAUGAUAGUCACGCUUCUACAAAUGAAAAGGCAAGAUGUUGAUGGUAGUAUAAAGAAAUUAAAACGCCAAGUUCGUCAAAUCAACAUGAAAGAAAGUGCAAUUAAAAAACGAAUUGAGAAAACUAAUGAAGCAAUGUGUCAAGUGGUUGGUGAAAUUAAUCGUGUUCAGGAAAAAGGAGAGAGUAGAUUGGUGAACCUAAGUUGGCCUGUUAUAUUAUAUCCUGAGAACAUACAUUCUGAUUAUGUUAAUACUCUAGAGACUUCUACAGCUGAGCAAAAAGAGGCAAUACUAAGUGAAAUGUCCAGAAUAUCUGAGAUUAUAUCAACUCAUAGUGAUUUGAUUAAUAACUAUGUGGAUGCGUCUGUAAAUGCCUUAGGAAAUGCCACUGCUUCUGUUGAAGUAAAUGAUUCAAUUGAUGUUCUCGUUUUGCUUGAUUUUAUUGUCGAAGAAGUGUCCACUUCACCGGAAAAAUAUUUUCUACUCGAUGUGUUCAGUGAAGGCAAUGUUGAAAAUGAAAUUGAAUUCCAAUCUGAAAAUAAACUGAGGCAACAAAAUUCAGAUGAAUUGCUCGACAAAGAAACGCUGAAUUCUGAUGAAGGUGAUGAAAAAAAGUAUGAAAUUACAGGACUUGCUCAUGGGGGGAAAAAACAAGAAGUUACAAGAACAUGUGUCAGGAAAAAGUCAGAAUUAAUGAAAAUUUUCUUUAAGAAGUCUUUUAAUGUUUUCAGAGACAUUUUGUCACUGCCUUCGGAACCGGAAAUCAAAGAAGUUGUAGAUGAAAACAACCUGGAAGAUACGUCAUUUCAUCAGAAACUAAGUGAGCAAUCAUCAGAUACUUAUUCCCUAUUUCCUUCUGAUGAGGAGCUUGAAACAGAUCUGAACUUAUUUAUGAAUAGUUUGAAUGAGCUAAAAGAAAGUGUGACGUAUUUUGUGUCAAGAGAUCCGCUCGAUGAUUCUAAUGUCUCCGUCGAAAGAAAGACACAUGUGGUUGAAUCUUCAAGUUCUAAUGAAACCAAAAUGGAAGGAUUGCUGUUCAUAGAUUUCGGAUCCCUUCUGUUUCGGGAUUCUGGAUUCGAUUAUUAUAUUUGGUGUUUUGAAAACGAAGCGAAUAAGUAUGUCAUUAAAUUAAAAGAAAAUUCUAGACUUUUUAGCUCUGUGAAGCACCCAAUUCAGAAAUCGCAGAGUCCAGAACAAAAACUCAUUUCACGACUUUUAGAAGAUUUUUGGGCUGGUAAAGAGCAUUCUGUUGCGUUUAGAGAGAAUGACAAACCCAAUAAUCCAGAAUUUCGAACUUUGAAGGGUGGUGGAUUGUGUGUGUCUCUUUCUUCUCUGAGAGAACUUCAAAAAGACGAUCCGAUUUUUUUCCCAUACCCUUAUUUUUUUCAGAAAUUUGAGCAGUAUGCAGAAGUUGCUGAAAAACCUCAAAGUAUCAAUAUUUCUAUUGUUAGAGAAGAAGAAAUUAGUAGUUUUUAUCGUAUUCCCUCAAAAUCCAUUGCAGACUAUCUCAUUGUUGAUGUAAGAAAUGUUACUGGGAGGCUGCAGUCUUUUAAUGCUAUUAGAGAAUCAACUACUGAGCUCCAACAUGAAAUGAGGGUCUUACCGAAGAAAGUUGACAAACUACGACACAAGUUAAUAUAUAAGCAAGAAGAAAUCAACCGAGUGCAUAGAGAGAAAGCAAAUGAAAUGAUGUUAAAGUUUGGAAAACACUUAGAUUUGGAAUUGCUGCAAGAUAUCUUAGACAACCCACAUUUCCGAAUCAAGAAAUAUGAAGCAGAAAAGCUUAUUGAAUCCUUGCAAAAAGAGCUUAAGAAAAUAAAAGUACUGGAGAACAAAACAUUCAAAUCCUUGGACAAACUAAGAUUUGAAGAUACAAAGCUGUGUUAUGAGCUCAUAGAAUUGAGGGAAGAACAUAAGAGGCUGAACAAAUGUUAUUCUCAUAAGAAACAGAUUCUUCCUAAAAUUAAAAGCACUCCUCAAGUUCAAGAUAAGGCACAAUCUCAGAACUCUUCCAUCUUAUAA